GAGGGAGGGAGGGAGGGAAGGAGGACACAUAAGGGGGGCUGAGGGAGGGAAAGGAUACGGAAGGAUCUUCAAGCCAUUUCCUUUCUUUUUCACUCCCAUUUGAAUGUAGCAUCCCUUCAUCGGUGACAUUUUCAAGCGAGCCAGCGCCUAUUCUGGUCCUGCCUGCCAUCAAACAGGAACAUCACGUCCACAUCCACUGCAGCUUUUGGACUCCGAAAGUGAGGGGAUACCAUGGAAGCCCCUCUCGUGUGUUUGGAUGAGGAGUUUGAGGACCUCCGGCCUUGCCGUACGGAUGAGUAUGACCACCCGGCGGUGCUCAAGCACCCCUCUUACACCACCACCACCACCACCACCGUGGUCCCGCUGGUCUCCAUCACCCGAGAGGACUUCUCUGAGCUGGAGAACUUUUCCGAGAUGAUGAGCUUCAAGUCUAUGGAGGACCUGGUCAACGAGUUUGAUGAGAAACUCAACGUCUGCUUCCACAAUUACAACACCAAGACCGAGGGCCUGGCGCCAAUACGCAACCAGUCGCAAAACCAAGAGGAGGAGGAGCGGCUCCAGGAUGAAGAUGUGUGGGAUGCUCUAACUGACAAUUACAUUGCUGCAUGGGACGGUCCAGACUCCGAAGGAUUCAACGCCAAUUUUUCUGACAAAGAGAUCCACGAAAAAGAGGAGGAAGAAAUGAAUGAGAAGAAUGACAAUGCCAAUUGUCUGAACGAAGAGCCUCUCAUCACAGCAGAUCAGGUCAUUGAGGAGAUAGCAGAGAUGAUGGAAAACUCCCCAGACCCCGGUGAAACCGAGGAAGAGGACGAGGAGGAGAGCAGUCGUUGCUCCUCCAGGACUCAGCCUUCCCUGCUGGAGGAGAUCCGACAACUGUCCCAAGCCUCUAACAACAACUGUUCUUAUGAAGGCCUGAGUCUGAUGCCCAGCUCCACGCUAGUUGAACUCUUGCACCGCGUGGAAGCCGCCAUCCGAGAGUACUCGGAGGAACUGGUCAGUCAGCUGGCACGGCGCGACGAGCUGGAGUUUGAGAAAGAGGUGAAGAACACCUUCAUCGGUGCCCUGAUGGACGUGCAGAAUAGGCAGAAGGAGCAGCGAGAUAAUAGCAAACGCCGACGCCGGGACAAAGCUUUGAGCCUGCAGGGAGGAGUGGCUCUGGUGCCGGUGCCGGCCAACGCGGCCAAUACCGGCACCGCUGCUCGUGCGGACAAGACGCCAAGCAUGCCUGUCAAGCGCUUCAGUAUGGAGGGACUAUCCAACAUCCUUCAGACGGGCAUAAGACAGACUUUUGGAAGCACAGGCAAUGAGAAACAGUAUCUGAACACAGUCAUUCCUUAUGAGAAGAAAAGCAGCCCACCAUCUGUUGAUGACCUGCAGAUGCUAACAAAAAUUCUUUUUGCCAUCAAAGAAGACAGCGAGAAGGUGCCUACGCUGCUAACUGACUACAUAUUAAAAGUUUUGUGUCCUACCUAAAGCUUGGUACCGGCAGUCAGGCGGGCAGUCAGUCAGUCAGUCCGACAGGCAGGCAGGGGCGGGGCCACGGUGUGAACUCCUCCUUUGCCCGCUGGCAGCAUGACCCUUCUCCUCGUUGGUGGUUAUUCCGCCGCCACUGCCGCCGCAGCAUCAACCUUAUAUGCACCUCACCUAUGAUGAUUGCUUCUUGCUGAGCUCAUCCUGUCUCUCCUCGCACUUAAUCAUGCUUUAGCCAGCCACUGAAAUAUUUCAAGCGGGACAGCCAGAUCCCUCUUUUAAAGGACUUCACUCAUGGAGCAUGACACACACACACACACACACACACACACACACACACACACACACACACACACACACACACACACACACACACACACACACACACACACACACACACACACCAUGGUGUUUGUGCAUUUUAUUCCUCUGUUUUCAUUCUUAUUUAUUCCAGUCAUACUUCAUGAGAGUACAUUGCAUUCAUAAACACCACCCCUCCCUACCUGUAUUGUUUAAAUUGAAGCAGUUUCUUUGACCACACAAGCCAUGCACUGUUUUCUGAUCACUGUAGCGGAGACGGAGUGAAAGAGAAACCCAUCAAUUCAGGUGCAGUGCAUUCUUCUGGUCUUGUUUCCUGUUCUUUAGUUGACUGUGACUACACAGUAGGUUUUGUAAUCUCUUUUCAUUUGUAUCAAACAUUUGAUAGAACCGGAUUUUUCUACUUUGAUUUGAUGUCACCGGAGUGACAGCUGCUGCUGUGUAUUCCGUAUUAAUCCGUCCGUCCACAGUUUACCUUGGAUAGCGAGCGAGCCUUGGUCAACUAGUCCAGGAAAGGUGCACACAUUGGCAUAUGUGAUGUGUAAAUGAAUCUUACAUUGCUAAAUUGCAAAUUCUAAUAAACAUGCUACCCUAAUCAA